AUGCUGCAUAACCUUUCUAUUUGCGGUACAAUACGUGACAACGGUAUCCUUUCUGGAACUGCUGGUGUGUUCUUUGGCCGCAGUUACGCCGUUUUGGAGCUCAAGAAGUAUUCUAUUGCCUCCUUGACUCACAAAGUUCAUUGGCAAUACUCUUCUGUUGCUACUUUCACUGUCGAUUCUGUUAAACGUAACUUUGAAGUGCUUGUAUAUGCUCAUUGGCGCUUCAUGCUCCUUUAUUGCCGAUCUUGUCACAGUCCAUCUCACGCAGCUGUCGACUGCCCUGUCAAAUUGCGUAUUGCCAUCUGUUAUCUCUGCAAUGAGAUCGAAUAUAUGUCUAAUGGCCGUCCUCGUAAGAACUCUUAUGUCAGUUCUACUGCAUCCAAUAAGAAGGCCUGUAAGUCACCUGUUGCCACACAGGUUUUUCUUUAUGACAGUCAGACUAAGAAACCAGUAGUGAGAAGCGCCUCUACCCAGCCUUCACCGGCUGCUCACCCUACUCCGGUCAACUCUAAGAUUGAUCUUCCUCAGUCAACCUCUGAUGUUUCUGCUGUUUCGACUGCAGCAGCCACUGGUCCUUCCCCUGCCUCAAUUCGAUCUUCUGCACGCUAUCCUCCUCAUCAGACAAGGCCUCAGAUCACUGCUGCUUUAAUCUCUUCUGAAGAUACUCCAGUCGUUUCAGAAAAAGCCUGCUCCGCCUGUAAUCAAACUGGCCAUCCAUCUAAGAGAAGCAAUCAAUGUCAUUUGAAUGCCAGGAAUAAAAUUCCUGUUUUUAGUUCUGAGGCUGUUGAGAGUGAAUCAAUGGAACUUGAUAAUGAUGAUGCCUCCCAUCACCAAGAUGCUCCCUCUAAUGUUGAUCCUGCGUCAGCCGUUGGCUUUCGUAAUAACCAAUCGGGUAUUUCUGGAUACCCUAACCAUCAAUAA